CAGAUGUCGGAAGCUGCAGGUAACUGCUCCGGUCCCGUUAUCCGGGGAUCCCCGGGCACCCAGCUCCGCCGCCGCUUCUAGUGACCCAACUGAUGUGGCCGGCUCCGUGACGUCACUGUGCGAGGAGGAUGUCACGUGGCUCCCGGGAGUGACCUCAUCUCCGAUCCCCCAGGGAUGUGAUGUCAUCAUUGCGCUGCCAUGCAGAGGGGGGCACUAGGAAGAGGGGAAGACUAUGAGCAGCGGACAGUGGCUGACCCCCCCUCACUGCCCGCCGUCCCCGUCUUUGUUUUUCCUCCAUCUUUGGACUUUUACGCCGAUGACCAAAGCAGCCACAAGCAGGUGCUGACCCUGUACAACCCCUUCCCCCGAGUGCUGCGAUACAAAGUCCUGUCCACAGCUCCGCUGCGUUACACGGUGGUCGAUGCCGAGGGGCUCGUGAAGCCAAAUUCCUGCAUUGACAUAGUCACACGGCAUCGGGAUAUCCGCGCCCGACACUACGGCACCACUGACAGGUUCCGUGUGGAGGUUUGGGAAGAGAGCGGAGGACGAGGCGUCAUUGGGAGGAAAGACAUUCCCGCCACACUACAUCCCACCAAACAGGAGUCCAGAGAGCGCGGUGCGCGGGACCCCACACCAUGGCAGCCGCCGUCCCACCUCUUCUCCAUGCGUCAAGGCGUCCCCCGACCUCUGUCCCCCGGCCUCUUCAGUCUCUACAUCCUGGUGGGGCUGAUGGCGCUGCUGGUUCUUAUGCUCCCGCUACACGGGGACCCCCGGAGCCUUCUCAAUGAAAACCUCCACGUCUCUGUAGUCCAGAAACUGGUCGCUGCCUAUGUGUUAGGCCUCCUCACCAUGGUAUUCCUCCAGGCCUAAUGACCGUACGGCGCAGAGACGCUGCAUACAGGAUGCGUCGUCCCUGUGUACGAGCCGCGUACAGGAUGUUUCGUCCCUACAUACAAGCUGAGUAAAGGAUGUGUUGUCCCUAUGUACGAGCCGCGUACAGGAUGUGAUGUGUCUACGUACAAGCCGUACACAGGAUGUUGUCCCUACAUACCAGCCACGCACAGUAUGUGUCGACCCUACGUACGAGCUGCGUACAGGAUGCGUCGUCCCUCCAUACGAGCCACGCACAGUAUGUGUCGACCCUACG